AUGUAUGCCCUAAUACGACAAUUUUGCACUUAUGAAGAAGACAGCAAGGAAUAUGGUCUUGGAGCUAUUCUCCUAAACAAACUACCGCGCCAUGUGAGGAGCCGGAUCUACGACAAAACCAACAACCAAACCAAUCUUACACCAACGGCACUCAUCCGUCUUCUCACGGAUAUUGUCAGGAAAGAAUCCACGUUGCGUGAAAUGGAGUCCCAGGAACCCGACUCUGCAAGCAGAUACACGUACCACGUCAUUCAUAAUCAGACGCAAAUGAUCCGUUCAAAGAAGGUCCCGCCAUCCGUCCGUCAGAAAAGAUGCAAUUUCUGCUCGAAGAUGAAUCACAACUCUUUCAACUACCAGACAUACAAGACGGCAUCAGAAAGAAUCCAGGUCGCCAAAAACAACCGGCUCUGCUUCAACUGCUUGUCUGGAAAUCAUCUAACGAAGGAUUGCAUCUCGAAGAAAACGUGCUCUCAUUGCUCAAAACGACAUCAUAUGUCACUCUGCUUGAGAUAUUCUCAAAGAUCGCUCGCCUCAACGCCAAUGGCGACGCAGACAGUUCACGUAGCUAACCGUAGCGAACACCCCAACCAAAUUGAGAAGAACCGAUUUCAUCAUCGACCAUCACAGCGACAACAUCACGAACAACAGAGUCACAUACACUUCUCGGAACAACCUUCACUCCCAUCCAACCUUGCGGAACCAGCCACUACCCUUCACACCACUCAGCUACCACACGAAACAGUUAAACCUCCACUAAUGUGUGCUGACGUCGUACUCUUCAACCCAAACAACGAAAAUAAGGAAAUUCACGUCACGGCUCUAUUGGACACGGAAGCAUCUCAAUCCUACAUCACAAACGAUCUGAUCGAACAACUCCAACUACAACCUUCGAAUCCACAACGAAUAACAAUGUUUACGCUCGGAACGGAAAAACCGAUGUCAAUGGAAGCCACUAACCACGAAAUCGGCAUCCGUUGCACGGACAACACCACACAUCUCCUCCAUGUCCAAGCACCACCUAUACUGACCAGGGAGAUAAAGUACGCUUCGAUCCUCAAGAAAGAAGAAAACAACCAAUACCUCGCCAACAAAAUCGCCACGCCGAAACUUCUCAUAGGUAUGGAUUACCUUUGGGACCUUGUUUUUCACGAUCAGUUCAGCAUAUCCUAUCUAACGAAUAGAUACCGCAUCUUCGAAACGCGCAUCGGCAAAAUCGUGGCCGACAACGCCUUUCGGCUCAACACCUUGAAUGACGUCGUCUACACCUUCUCCACUUCAAUGGCCAAUCCCGCUCGCCACUCCGACCUGGUAGAACUCGUAGAACGUUUCUGGUCAAAUGAAUCUUUAGGAAUAGUCGACAAUCCCAAUCAAUCCGAUGACGACAAGUGCUUGGAAGACUUUAACAACUCAAUCAAGUACAACAAGCAAGAGCGCCGAUAUUCGGUAAAAUUUCCAUUCAAAGGUAAUCCAUCCGAACUACCGACUAACCGCGAUCUCGCUUUCUCUCGAUUCCUGUCGAAUUUGAAAGCGCUUCAAAAGAAUCCAGAAUACAUGACGAAAUAUCACGAAAUCUUUACAGACCAGCUAAAGAGAGGAAUAAUAGAAGAAAUCGAUGAAGGCAAAUCCGCCAACAUUAGUCAUUACCUCGCUCACCACGGUGUCAUCAGCGGGUCGAAAAAACACACGAAGGUACGCUGUGUUUUCGAUGGUUCAGCAAAAAAGAAAGGAGGAAUGAGCAUCAACGAGAUACUCCAUAAAGGACCAACAUUAUUACCGGACCUACUCGGAGUCCUUCGAACAAGAACAAUGCCAAUAAUGGUCUCCAGCGACAUUGAAAAAGCCUUCUUGAUGCUAGAACUCCAAGAACAGAGCCGAAACUACACUCGUUUUUUCUGGUUGCGAGAUCCUACAAAACCAGCAGAUAGGUCGAAUAUAGUCGUCUACAGAUUUCGUCGUGUUCUCUUCGGCCUCAUAUGUUCCCCGUUCCUACUUGCUGCAACCAUCCAUCACCACCUUGCCAGUACAGGGACGCCACUUACAAGAAAGAUACUACGGAACAUCUACGUCGACAACGUGUUUUACGGAAUAUCAUCUGUAGACGAAGGAAAACAAUACUACAAAGAUUUGAAACAACUUUUCCAGGACGCACGAAUGAAUAUCAGAGACUAUGUCAGCAACAAUCAGGAACUGAACAGAUUCAUGGAAGAACAAGAAAAUUCCAAAGUCGACGAACAAUGCAAAAUCUUAGGCGUGACGUGGAAAACUACUACGGACGAAUUCGAAAUACACUUACCAAGAUGUAUAACAGAAACAACGUGGACAAAAAGGAGAGUGCUACAAAAGGUAGCAAGCACUUACGAUCCCUUCGGUUGGAUUUCACCAGUCGUACUCGUGGGAAAAAUUUUCAUCCAAAAAUUGUGGACACAAAAUAUCAGUUGGGAUGAAUCACUACCGCAACACCUGCUUGAGAAAUGGACACAAAUCAUCGAGUCGUGGACCUUGUCUUCGGUGACCUUUCCACGUUUACUAAUACAAGACAACGCGCCCGAUGCAAAGUACGACAUCCACGUCUUUAGCGAUGCGUCACAGUCCGCAUACUCCGCCUCUUCUUACUUACUGGAAAAGAUCAAUGGUCAUCCUGAACGAGCAAUGCUAUUGGUUUCGAAAUCACGACUGGCUCCGAAGAAGCCUUUAAUGACUAUACCAAAACUGGAGCUCUCGGGACUGCUCAUCGGCUCCGCUAUCUGA